GUCAUGUGAUCAGCUGUGUCCAAUCACAGCUGAUCGCAUGAGACAUGUAUACUGAUCAUCACUGAUGAUCAGUGUGCCCUGAUGAUCAGUGUAGCCCCAGCAGUGCCACCUGUCAGUGUCCAUCAAUGCCAGCUGUCAGUGCUCAUCAAUGCCACCUGCCAGUGCCCAUCAGUGCCACAUCAAUGCCAUAUAUCAGUGCCUACAAGUGCACAUCAAUGCCACAUAUCAGUGCCCAUCUGAGCUACCUAUCAGAGCCAGUCAGUGCCACCUGUCAGUGCCACCUAUCAAUGCCAGUCAGUGCCACCUAUCAGUGCCAGUCAGUGCUGCCUAUCAGUGCGCAUCAGUGCCGCCUAUCAGUGCCCUUCAGUGCUGCCUAUCAGUGCCACCUAUCAGUGCCAUAUAUGAGUGAUGAGUGCUGCCUUACAGUGCCCAUCAAU